ACAGCUGAGCAUGCGUGUCUCUGCUUUCUGUGGAGCUGCAGAGUUACAGCUCCAGCUCCUACAGUCCUCUGGAUAGAUUUAGUUUCACACAGGACAAAUUUCAUGUGCUUUGAAGUUGAGCUUGAUCCUCUGACAACAAAGAGACUUUCAGCCUGAGAGCCACGACAGAAGUUUUGUCACAGCGCAGGGGAGUCCCAUCACGGUGGAAGGGACGGAGGCUGACUGUGAAGUUCAACUAGCAAAGGCAUUCCUUUCUGGUACACACUGACCAUUCAAUGUGGUGAUGGAGACUUCCUUCAGUCAAAUUCUUGAUGCACUGAAUACCAUUGUGCAGAAAAGUAUGGAACAGGAACCGUGAUGUUCACCUGAACGCAGUGAGAGGAUCAGAUCAAGAGGUCAUUUCGAGAGCUGCUUCCUGCCGCCGACACUGAAGUGGAAAUCUCAAGUGCAAGCUUUUUAUGCAUCCUAAAGACUCCCGACUUGUUCCUCCACACACCAAGAGAUGACCUUCUUAUGACCUUCCCUCCCAUGAAAGGAAAUGAUAACUCAUCCAUGGCUCCUCCACCAGGAGCUACACAGGAAGCUGAUCUCAGAAACAGGGCAGGAGGGGAUGAAGGUGGAGGAGCUCCCCUAAGGGAUAGAUACAACCUCCCAUCCCAUGAUGCCCUGGCACAGAUCCUACCAAAUAAGACUGAGCUCCAGAGAGCAGCCCAACAAGAACAGGAGAGACCAGCUGAGAGGCCAGAGGCUACACAGGCCCACAAACCCAACAUAAACCACACCUAUCAAGUACAUCAUCCACAUAAACGACCCCCUCUGCACGACUUUGAGGAUGAUCCUCACAUGGCAGAGAUCACUGACCUCCAAACUAAGGAGGUGGAAAACUAUCGUUCGGCCAUGAGUAAGAUGGCAGAAGACAUCAUAGCGCUGAGGACACAGGUGGUGACAUUGGAGGCAGAAAACAGCCAGCUCCGCACUGAUCUGUCUCUGCAGCAGGACCUUGGCCGAGAUCUGCUGGAUGACACAGACAUCGACGUCAUGACCAAGGCUGAGAUUGCUGACCGUAUGGCCUCUCUGAAAUUCAAGCUGGCCAGUGAGACCAGUAAGGCUGUCUCUCAAAGGGACAGGAUCCAACAGCUGCAGAAUGAUCUGAUCAAGAAGCACGACAGUGAGAAGGAGCUACUAAAGCUUCAGAGAGUUCACCAGCAGCAACGGGAGGAUCUGCGGCACCACCAGAGUCACUUGGCAGAGAUGGCGACUCUGGAGGCCACAGUGAAACAGCAGGAAAAGGUCAUUGCGACGAUGGAGAAAGCCUUAGAUAGCAAACUCAGAGAGAAGUAUAAUCAGUGUGCUGACAAAAGGCUGGUGGUGAAAAAGCAAAAAGGUGAGACUGGCCACAGAAGGGAAGAGAUGGAGUCGGCCCUGGCAGCAGAAAACAGUCGUCUCAGAGGAGAGCUGGACAGGAUUCGGCAGCAGCAGCCUGCUCCAGUCAUUAUACAGCAGUCGGCACAGACAAAAGAAGCACUGCCAGUCAAGGAGAGACUGAGUUUACUAAAUAAACUGGAGAGAGCCGAGGCAAGAGUCCAAACACUGGAGGCUCAGCUGGAGGAGAACUCUAAAUUAUGGGGGAGACAGAAACAAGAAAUGUUGACCAAACUGAGUGAGCACAGACAUGGCUUUGUCCGAACAUCCACCACAAUCCUACACAACGUUCCUUCGGUCAAGGUCUGUAUCAGAAUCAUUGUAUCAGCAAAGCAGACAGAGGAAGCAGAAGCCCAUAAAAUGACCUGUAAACAAACUGUUGACCAAGACUAAACUCAGACACACUCAUACACUAAUAAAUAAUAAAAUGAUAUAUUACAAGACA